AUGGCCACCACGGAUACUCCUCUCUACCUCAACGCCAUCCUUCUACCCCUCUUCGCAUUUCCCUCAUGGAUUCUUUGCCUACUACCACUCUCAUGGCAUUUUCGACAGGGCAAUGUAGCGGCUGGCUCGCUCAUCCUGUGGGUCAUCAUGGUCAACUUCUGCAACUCGAUCAACCCUCUGAUAUGGCCACGAGAUAAUACUACCGAAUGGUGGAAUGGCAAUGUCUGGUGCGACAUCAACGUCCGGCUGCAGGUCGGCUGCAUCGUUGGCACCACAGCAUCGGCUGCCAUGAUUGUACGUAAACUCGCCAGAGUCAUGGACACACGCAACAUCACUGUAUCGUCGAGCCGAGAUAGCAAGUUCAAGGAGAGGGGACUGGAGAUUCUGUGGUGCUGGAUCUAUCCGCUUGUGCUCAUCCUUCUGUAUUACAUCGUCCAGCCAGUCCGCUACAUGAUCUACGGCAUCAUUGGCUGUCUUUCCGCAUAUGACUCGAGCUGGCCCAGCAUGGUCCUUAUAUCCAUAUGGGCGCCCAUCACUACGCUCGUCGCCGCUGGCUACUCAAUCAUCCUCUCUUACCGUCUAUACCGCUACCGCCGCGAAUUCGUCCGCCUCGUCGCCACCCGCAACACCACCAAAUCGCGCUUCAUCCGCCUCUUCAUAAUCUGCAUCAUCAUCGUGCUCGCCUACACCCCCUACACAAUCUGGCUCAUAAUCUCGCUCUCCCGCCAAAUCACAGACACGUACUCGUGGUCGCGCGUCCACGACCCUGCAACCUUCCACUCCGUCCUCAAAGCCCCAUCCUUCGGCAUCGUGACCGUCGACAAGUGGGGCCAGGUCGCGACCGGCUACGUGCUGUUCUUCGUCUUCGGCACCGGUAGCGACGCGUACAACACGUACAAGAAAAUGAUGGUCGCGUGUGGGCUCGGCAGGGUCUGGCCCAGCCUGUAUGUCCUGAGGGAAAGCGGGGCGAGCACGCCGAAUAGCUUUAUUAAUGCGCGCACGUGGACGAGCGGGGUGACAAGCAAGGCGAUGAAUCUCUUCAAGUCGAGGAGCGAUUCGGUCGCGGAGACGUGGGGGGAUAGCACGCGCAAUAACUCGCUGGCCUUGGGAUCGAUGAAGAGGCUGGGGUCCGUCGCCACUGUUGGACAGACAGUGCAGCGGCCGUCGUUUUUGGGGAUGGUCUUUGGGCGGAAAAGGGAGCAGGCUUCGGUGCUGCCGGUCUUCUCGCUGCCUCAGUCUCGCUCACUGGAAGAUGUCGUUGUUUUCGACAUGCAGAAUCCAAGAACUUAUGAUCAUCAGUCAUCUGGUCUGUCGACACAUGCGUGGGCGGCAGACAAGGGCACUACUACGCCAGUCAUCCAGACCGGAGGCCUACGUGUCUUUAGCGAGGCACGUCAAGAGUGCCAGGAGCUGGAUGGCAUAUCGAAGGAGAGGAGGUCGGAUGAUGCUUGGGCUUGA